GUAGGGCUGAAGCGACAGGGGUCCGGCGCGCUAGUGGGCCUCAAACCGCGUGCCUGCGUGCGACGUCCAUCAAGUGCGCGGGUCUUGCGCAUCGACUGACAACGUGCGGAUGCUGCUUGAGGAAGAGAAGGAAGUGUGGUCGCGAGCAUACGUACAGAGACCUGGAGGCUGGACGCUCUUGACGACUGCGACGACCGAUUAUCACACCCGCCCAUCGCCCAACACGUGAACAGCCAUCAUGGCGGACAAGGACAAGUUGGCCAAGUAUCGGACGGAGAUCCAGCAGAUGAUGUUCGUCUCCGGCGAAACCGGUGAGCCCUCGCCCGAAACCACCACCCUCAUCGAAUCCAUAGUGCAAGACCAAGUCCAGCACAUGCUGCGCGAAUGCACCACGCUCGCCACCCGCCGCGGCAGCAAAUCAAUCUCCACCGACGACCUGUUUAUGCUGAUCCGCCACGACCGCGCUAAGAUAAGCAGGCUGCGGCAUUUCCUGCAGUGGAAAGAUGUGCGGCGCUCGGUCAAAGACAGCGACGACAAGGGCGGCGACGCCGGCGCGGACGUUGGCACCGGCGACGCUGACCUCGCCGCGGGAGUCAUGGGCUCGGGGCCGUCUGGGCCGGGCCCCGAGGCGGGCAAGAAGGCGAAGCGCGCCAAGGUUGAUUUGGUUUGGGACGUGCAUAGUUUCUUCAGCGAGUUCCCGCCACAGAUGGACGAUGUCGAGGACGAGGAGGAGGAGGAGAUGAACUUUGCGACGCUGCAGCGGCUCAAGAACGCCGACGAGCGCACCAAGAACAUGACAAGGGAGGAAUACGUCCACUGGUCCGACUGCCGCCAGGCGUCGUUCACGUACCGCAAGGGCAAGCGCUUCAAAGAGUGGGCGGGCUUCGGAUUGAUCACCGACAGCAAGCCGAGUGACGACAUCAUCGAUAUCCUAGGCUUCCUGACGUUUGAGAUUGUGCAGACGCUGACCGAGGAGGCGCUCAAGGUCAAGGAUGCAGAGGACGCGUACAAGAAGAGCACGGGCGGCGAGCAGAACCGGCUCAAGAGGAAGAGGGAGAGGGGCCUGUUUGAUCCGCCCGAGGAGGCGCGGGAGCCCGUGCAGCCCAGCCAUGUGCAGGAGGGCUACAGGAGACUGCAGCGGGGAAACAACAAGUCGAGAGCCAUGCUGAGCUUCACGAGGAACGUGCAUCGGGCUGCGUUGAGGCUGAUCUGAGUCUGCCAUUGUUACUUGUUGGUCUGGGAUGGCGUAAAGGUUUGUCUGAUAUCCAUGGACGUGGUGUUUGGCGUUGAACAGUAGUAUCUUCUCUUGGAGCAAUUGCAUUGUUUGUGCUUACCGCGGAGCCGAGGUCAGGUCAAGCUAGUGGCGAAGAUAGUGAACAAGACAUCAAUUCAUCAAAGCCAGGGACGAUAAGAAAGAAGUUGAACUCCAAGAUUG